AUGAGAGGUCAAGUGAAAGUUUUAGCUUUAAUAGCUCAAGUUAUCUAUCAAAUUUCUGAAAGCAUUUUACAUCCGCAAAUCGAUGAAUAUACUAAGGCUUGCAAUUCAUCCACACUCAAUUUUUGGUUUCGUCAGUUAGGAUUUGUCAGGAUCAAAAGCGAUGCUGGUUUUGAUUCUAUUCGUGUUAUAUUGCCUGAAGUAUUGUCAUUAAUCGCUACUGUGGUAACUGUAAUACUCUGCACUGUUAUUCCUCAUAUUCAUCAUACUCAACCCGCCCAAGAAGAGGCAGAAAGUCAUCAGUCUUUCCAUCGUUCAGAACGAAGCGGUAUUUUACCGCUCCUCAAAAAAUCAUCUGAAAUUAUAAUCGUCCUCUUUCUCGGUUUUGUUGGAUCAGUCCAGCCAUGUAUCCUGAAUCUAGUAUAUUUUAUCGCUUUUUUAUUCACAUCAAUUUGGUGGUCCAGCUUCACUCGAAUUCGCAGAAAUUUUAGUAACCUUGGUAAACUAAUUAUCGUAGCCUAUGUCGCUGUUCACAUCUGUUUUCUUUACGUCUAUCAGAUUCCAUUCAUUCAAUUAUUUAUUGCAAGGAAUUCAUUUCCUGCUAGACUUAUUGGUUUUGUUCCUCUGAUCCAUACCGAUUGCGAUAGUUGGUGGUCGAUUAUUCUUAUUUCCAAGGAUUAUUGGACAGCUUAUGUCAAUAUUAUUUCAAUCGUUCUUCUUUAUCAUGUUCUCAUUUUGCAACAUAGAUGGACGUAUUUCGGCACAAAACGUUGUAUGAUUUUGGGUAGUGGAGGAAGCAGCGUGCAUGAAGAGAUUUUCGAUAUGUCUGAUUUUACUGCUUCUUCAUCUAAUUUACAAAUGGACAAUGAUGCAAUUAUAUCGGAACAUACCCGUAAAAUGUUAUUGGCUGAAGAAGAACGAGAAGCUCACUUAAAUAUUCCACUUCCACGAGUUACUUCUGCAAUGAUCGAUCAUUAUAGAAUUCAGUCCUUCAUUCUCACUUCACCUUGGUUACCGUCUAUAACUUCGAAAGGAUUAAUAAUUGCUAUUUCAUUCCUUAUACACCAUUUUUAUAUAUUUGCUUUAAUAUCAAUGAUGGUUUGGGCAUUACUGUAUCAUUCUAUUUUUGGGUUAAUAUUCCUGUGUCUCGCUUGUAUAUUUUGGGUAUUCAAAGACUCGCGUACAGCAUCUUUCAGAUUUUCUCCCUUCAUUGUUGUUUUUGCUUCAGUUUUACUUACCAUACAGUACAUUUGCGGUUUGGAUAUAGCAGAAGAAUGGCAGAAAUAUGAACUCCUCGAACUUUUUGGUAUUGCGCCAGCGCAGAAUCGAACAGACGCAUUCAUUGACCUUGUUAUCAAGAGUUAG